GCCCGCCCGCCCGCCUCCGUUUUCGGGGGCAGCCCCUGGGCUCGUCCACAGACCGGGCUUGGUGUGACUCCUCCCUCGAACCCGGGCGGCCGAGGGCGCCCAGAGCCGGGGCAUUUCCCCGGGCUGGUGAAAGCGGGCCGGGGGGUGUCACGUCUCAUGAAGAGAAGCGCCACCCGGAGUCGGGGCGGGUAUCCUGCGGGCUCGCUUGAAGUGAAGGAAGGGUCGGGCAGGGGGCGAAGAAACACAUGGUCUUGGCAUAGGCUCCCGGUACGGGAAAAGUGGGGGAGGGGAUGCAGAUUUGAGAGAGGGGACACCCAGGUUUUUAGAUCCCCUUCCAGGAAGACAGCAGUUCCUGUGCAGAUUCGAGUUGAGAAGCCUUUCAGGGACAAAAUAGGGAACUGCUGGGUGUUGCGUUCAAGCAGCCCACAACACCCAGCUCGUUGGUCUCAAGGAAGGAAACGUGGAGCAGAUGGGAAACGCAGAAAACAGAAUGAUGCAGAUUCGUCCGUUUUUGAUGAUGAAAACAAGUAUGGACCCUCUGACAACAGGUUGGAUAGUUUUACAACACCAGAAGGUCCUGGGCCCUUUUCAAGAUGUUCAGACUGGGGAUCUGUAGUUGAAGAAGAUGAAAUGAGGACCAAUGUUAAUAAAGAAAUUGCAAGAUACAAAAGAAAGCUCUUGAUAAAUGAAUUUGCAAGAGAAAGGAAGUCCUCUUCUGGAAGUUCUGAUUCAAAGGAAUCCACUGUAGCAGUAGAACUUGAGACAGAUGAAGUGGUUCUGAUGAGAAGGCAAAAACAGAUAAAUUAUGGAAAAAACACAAUUGCAUAUGACAGAUACAUUAAAGAAGUUCCAAGGUGUCAUCGAGUACCAGGGGUCCAUCCCAGAACUCCAAAUAAAUUUAAGAAGUAUAGCCGUAGGUCCUGGGACCAGCAGAUCAGACUCUGGAAGGUUGCUUUGCAUUCUUGGGACCCUCCUGCUGAAGAAGGAAGUGACUUGCAAGCAAUCAGUCCAGUUGAUCUUGGGGAGAUGGAGACAGAAUCCAUAGGAAGUAAUUCUACUGAAUCUCAAGCAAGCUCUCAAGACAAUUAUGAUACCUUUUCUGGCACGCCCACCAAGGUUAGACAUGUUGACUAUCGGGUGGAAGGCGAAUUUGACUUGGAGGCAUGUUUGAAUGAGCCACUUAAAGACUUCAGUACUGUGAGCUAAGUGGUGCUCUGUGCAGGCUGUUCUAAGGGAAACAUUCUUUUAAAAGUUUGUGAAAUGUUCGCCUGGUAUACUCAAACUGGAUGUUGUUCCCUACCUGUCAAUAGUGCAGAAGCUUAAGCAAGUUAAAGGGCUGUUCCUUAAUUUGUGGUCUGUCUACGUAUUUUCUGGACCAAAUUUGUGUAAAGAAUAGAACUUAAGUUGUGUGACUUCCUGUUUGACUUCUAAUUUAUGUAUAUCAGAUGGUUUUACAAGACUACUUUUUUAUAAUUAUUCAGAAGAUGGAACUAGUCAUAGAAGAAACAGCCAAAGGCAACACUGCUAUCCUUCAGCAAACUUAGUUCUGUAAAACUUCAGGUUGUCAUUCAUUUCCCCAUAUGUGAGUUUAUUGCUUAAGUGCUCUGUUGGCAGUCCACAGAGCAAUGUAUCCACAGAACAGGAUAAGCAGGUGUGGUUUGAGAUUUUGCAUGCUGCCCUGCUACUGCGUGAACCAACUCUCCUGCAAAGCCUGCCUACAGAGGGUGAGGGGAAUUUAAAUUCAAUACCAGCUGAAUCCAUGGCCUCUCAACAGAUAAACUGAAAUUUUUAUUUCAUGUAGCUACAAUGACCUGUAACAACUUUAGCUCAUUAUUGGACUAGAUACUUGAACUAUUGAUCUAGAAGUGGGGAGGGCUCUGUCCUUGUUUCAAGAAUCACCCAACCUCUAACUUUCACUUUGAUUUCCCUUAAUUGGCAAAGAUAUUUGUGUAAGUGCUUUUUCCACAUUACAAGGUUUUCCUUUUUCUGAUUCAUUUAAAGUAAAUUCCUUUCAUCUGCAAAAGCUUAUUUUGUAAUGGUGGGAAAGGACAUAAUAUGUAAGUUUAAUAUGGAAACCCCAUUUAAAAAACAAAACUGAAGUGUGGCAGCGAUGCAUUAAGAAGCUGUAGCCUAAAUUUGGUACCUGUAAAUAGUCAUGGAUAGACAUAACUUAUCUAACACUUAGAGAAAAAUAAACAAUAUAUCUAGGGAAAGUGCUUGAUUUGUAUUCACUGUUUUUAAUGUAAAACUGUUGUAAAUGAUAACUUUGUACAUACAUUCUGCUGAAAGCAGUUAAUGUUUCUAUUGCUUUUGUAUGGGACAGUGUUGCUAAAAAUAAAUACAUUAAAUAUGAAAUAUUUACAA